AAAUCCUCACGCCGUACUCGAAAAAACAAAACACAACCGAAACCACUGGCAUCCAAACGUCAUCCUGACAAUCUCGUGUGUUGGACGUCCAUCUACCCUAUUAUCACACGAAUCCGAGACAGUCCCCAACGCGAUACCUUCACAAGCUUUUUCAGCACCUGCACCGCUGGCUAGACGCUUGUCUCCGAGGGCAACGUCUAUCUGCCUCCUGUCGUUGGCCGUGCAAUUCCCCUUGGUUCUCGACUUCGCGUCCCUACCUUCCGCACCGUCCCCGUCGUCUCCUGCCUAAGUAACGCACUGCCACCACGGCCUAGGUUUGCUACGGUUGUGCGCGCUGUGCUUCUUCAAGAAGUUCGCGUGCAAGGCAUUCGAUCUUACCUUGCCGCCUCGUCGGUACUCGUCCCCAUUUUCUUGCGUUGAACGGACACGCGCUCCUCCCGCUCUGCGCGUCUACAUCAUCCGAGCUCGUCUCCGAGACCUGCGAAAAGAUGACCACGUACGGCUACGGCCCGCCACCACCGGCCCCUCCUUCGGCGCUCCCCAGCGGCCCUUCUUCCGGAUACACCCAGUAUGGCCAGUACCAACAACAGCCACCACCACCCGCAGGCCACUCCCAUGGAGGCCACUCGGGCCGUGGCGGGCGUGGUGGUCACUCUGGGCGCGGCGACUUCCAUGGCUCUCCGAUGCCGUACCCAUACGGCAAUCCGCCUCCUCCCAGCUACGCUGCCCCCCCUCACGGCGCCCCACCUCCCCAUGCCCCUCUGUCUGCGCAUAAUUACCAUCCCAACUAUGCCCCCCAGAUAUACCAACAGCCCCAGUAUAGUCACCAAUCGCCAUACGGGCCGCCUCCGCAGCAACAGCCUCAGCAACAGCCUCAGCAACAGCAACAGACGCAGCAACAAGCACAACCACAGCCGCCGUCACAAGCUCAGCCUCAGGCGCAGCAGCAGCCCUAUACACCACACUAUCCUCCGUAUCCUCACCAGCAAAGUGGACCACCCCAUCAGCCAUGGGGGGGCCCUGGCCCGACGGGCCAUCAGCCCGCUGGACCUCAGUUUGGUGGUGGGCGUGGGCGCGGCGGCAGUCACGGAGACCGUGGCGGGCACAAGGCCACAGCGGCCAUGGGCCCACCCAUUCGCUUGGGAUUUGAUAAUCGCCAGGAGCAGCCUGCUCCAGUGAGUAACGGCUAUCCUGCGCCCUACGGGCCUCCUCAGGUCGCUGCCCCCUAUCCAGCGCCGCCAUAUCAGGGGUACCCACCCCCUGGCCCUCCCCAUAUGCCUGGCCCUGUUCAUUAUGACGCUUCUUACUACGGCGGGCAGCACGGUGCUCGUGCACAUGGCAGAGGGGGCUUUCAUUCUUCCAACGGCCGUGGUCGACCCCAUAUGGGUGGCGACAAGAUGCGCCAUAAUCACCAUAUCAAGAAGCCUGGUGGGGCUCCUUCAACACCGCAUAACAACCAUCAGAAGCCUGAUGCAGCGUCCGCCGGGAAGAAGAAGAAGCGCAAGACGAACACGCUGGGCCUCACCCCCGGGGAGGAGUCCGAUGAUGACGCAAACGAGGAGGAGAAGCUCGUAGAGCUAAUAGGCCCGGAUGCUCCAAACCCAACCGAUGUCGCCGCUUGGAUAGCCGAGCGAAAGGCUCGCUUCCCCACACAGGCACGCGUAAAGGCCAAAGCGGCAGCGUCGGCCACCGCCGGUGGGGAUAAGUCGAAGGAUGGCGGCAAAAGUGCUGCCGUGUUGUCGCUUGAGAAGCAAAAGCUCAAGGCGGAAAAGCUGCGGAAGCAGCUCGAAAAGGUUGAGUCGAGCAUCAAGCGAAAGCGCGAACAGCAAGACGAAGGAGACGACAUGAGAGACGUGACUGGCAGCCCCUCGGCUUCUGACGAUUCCAAGUCGGACACAGAAAAGCCCGACGUUCUUCCCUCGCGUCCUGACCCUGCGGCAUUUGUGCCGCCUCCAUCCAAGAAGGCAGACCCGUCCAAGCACUGCAAAUACUACUCCACUGGUGGAAUCUGCGGUAAGAAAGGCAAGUGUCGCUUCGUCCACGACGACGCUGUCCGCCAGGCCGCCUUGAAGGAGCGCGAGAUGAAUGGAGGCAGGAUGACCCUUCAGCAGCGCCUCACGCUGAACGACAAAGACCAAGAAGAUCUCACCAUCGUCAAGACCCUCCAGUAUCUCAAGGAGAAGGGCCUUAUGUCGGGGCACCCCAAGCAACAUUCUACCACUACCACACAGCCGUCCAAGACAGAGGAGACAUCGCUUUCCCCACCCCUAGCCAAGGCUACCCCCGAAAAUUCUCUCCCCGCCCGCCAGCCGCAGGUGCAGCCGGAUGACUCGGGGCGCUAUCAGGGAUGGGAUCUGAGUGGCUUCGGCAACACCGGUCUUAGCAAAGACGAAUCCUGAAUCUCUCCUAACUGGGGCGGAUCGAGCUUCAAGUCGGGCCAGCCGCUCACUGGUUGAUAGCGAACAGCAAGAGCCUGAGAGGGCUGCCAAGUUUGGCUGGUUCUCAUCAUGCUGAAGGAGUAGUAUCUGGGUUCUGAAAUUUGCACUAAUGGGAUUAAUAUCGCGCUUUCUUUUUCUUCACCCAGUUGCUACUGCUUUUCCCCUUGCCUCAUUCCCUCGUUUCUGUUUCUUUUGAGUUUCAUAGAUUUAGUUGUUGUCACCCUUCCUCGCGCGGCCUGGUCCCGGCCCAUGUCUCCCGCAUAACUCGUUGUUAUUUCAGCCAUGAUUGCCUUGAACUUUGUUUGCUUUCCACCCCGCAAAUAGCUUGCGGUCCUUGUGUUAAGCCCUAAAUGCCCCGCCGCAGAAAGCCAGUCGUUUUAAGGAAAUGAUUGGCCAAAGUAUUUCUGGUGCCUUCUCGGGUUGUCUAGUUAUCACGACGGUGUUGGUUUUUCCACACGACAGAUUCAGUUUGCCACAUGCGAAUCAUCUGGCAAGUUCUAAGAAAUCCGAGAUGCCCUUGGGGCGCCCAUGUAUCUCGUACUAUAUGCUAUUUACACUGAAAGACGUGACCUUGGGCCAUAUAGUUCAUUUUCUCAGUGGGCUAACACCAUGAACAAAAAAUUGAGGAG